AUGUCUGCCUUUCUCGAUGACAUGGACGAAGCGACGCUGCAGCUGAUUGUCCAGAUGCAACAGGAAGACAUCAGAGAACUGCAGGACCAAAGCAAGGGCAAAGCUAAAGAAACCGAUCGGUCUGACGCAGACGUGGCUUUCGACACGUACCAAGCCGAGCUUGCGUCCUUCCGGACCUUCGCCGCGGACCGCGCCUUGAGUAGACGUAUCGCUCACCGGGAAGGCACCUACCCAAGAGUUACAACCAUCACAGCUCCGACAGAGCAGCAGGCAGUACCGGACGCAAGCAACCCAAUUACUUCGCAGCCAGCUGAGAGCUCCAGUGCCGAGGAGAUCGUCGCGGAUGAGAUCGUCACCGAGGAGAUCCUCGCCGCAGAUGCUGUCCAUACAGUCUGCAACACCGACAUUUCCGACAAUGAUUCUAUCGUUGACAUGCCCGAGUCUUCCUCCUGGGGUGCGUCCAGAGAAACUUCGAAGCGCACAAGAUCAAGAAGUCCAGACCAGCCAGAGACCCGAUCCUGCAUUUCUUGCACCAAGGACUAUGAUGCAAGCACCUUUUACCUCGCUUCAUGUAACCACCUUUACUGCGCCACUUGUUUGCAAAAACUGUUCCGUCUGUCUCUGGUAGACGAGAGUCUUUUUCCGCCCCGAUGCUGCCGAAAACCCAUCCCCACGGAUCAGGUACAGCACAUCAUACCCAAGCACCUCACGCAGGAAUUCGUCGCCAAGGAGAUUGAAUUUUCGACGGUCAACAGAACCUACUGUCAUCAGCCUCAGUGCUCAGCAUUUUGA